UUUCUUUGGGUUGAGAGUUAAAGGGGGAGUGGUCUGACUAGAUAUGAGACAAAUGGACUUAAAGCUCAGACCACAACUUCCUCCUCUUAGAUGUGAGGUGUGCAGUACUCAAGUCUUAACCAGAGCGCAAAGAAAAAACGCAUGAAUAAGUUGUUGUGCUUGCUGACAGCUGGAGUAUCCCCGGUUAUCUGUGCCAACCCUGUAUCGUCAUGACUGUGUUAAGCAGGAGCCCUAUUUAUGUGGCAAUUCCCCUGUGGAUGUGUUAUGGAAGAGCUGCUGCUCUCUCCGAGCCUGAGAUCUGCUAUGUGCUUGAUGGCGUUCUGUUUCUAUAUGGCAUCAUUUUGACUGCUCUUUACUGCAGGAUUAAGAUCUGCAGUGCUCGAGAGGCAAAGAAUGGGAAAGGAAAGUCCAAGUAUGUUGAAGAGGGCAUAUACACGGGUUUGACGCCUCAUUCCCAGGACACCUAUGAAACUAUCGGCAUGAAGAAGUGAUGAGAUCAAGUGCAAUCAUCUUUUAAAUACGUUUAUGCUUGUACUUAAGUAUGAAAUAUCAUACCCUGCUUUUUUACACGGUUUAUUUCUCAUAUGUGCUACUGCAGAGUGUACCAGUUGUUUAGAACAGAAAAAGAGAAGUUUGCCACACGGCUAGCUGGUUUUAAAAUAGCUCUGCCUGUUGUUAAGAUACUUUUUCCGUUCCACUGCAUAGACUUCAUUCUUUAUUUCAUUAAUUCUAUCAGGUUUUGGAUAUGUUUGAUAUAAGUAGGUUUUAAUCAUCAUGGUUUGACCUGGGUCAAAAUACUGCCUAGUCAAUAUGUUACAGACUUUUCUUUUUUAAGCCUUUUCAAAUAUGCUAAUUUUUGUGUGAAAUUUGACAGCAAUUAUGUACCACAAAGUUUGAUUAUGUUUUUAGUCAUUCGAAGGCUAAUAUUCUCUAAAAAAUUAUCUUUAAAAAAAAACAAAAACUUUUUUGUCUAUGUUUCUGUAAGAUGGUAGAUGGCUUGGGUGUUAGGGGAGUGGACUCUAUGUUUCUUAUUCUCUUUUGAGACAAACCAGCAGUCUUUCCUAAUCACCACAGGAUGGCAGUGAUGGAAUCUUUGUUCCUUUUUCUUUCUGUGCUUGCAAAACAAAAAGGCAAAACUUCAAAAGCUGUUAUAUGUACACACAAAGUUUAUUCAAUAUUUCGUAUAUACAUCACAAAAUUGCUGCUUGGAGUUUGAACUGAGAUUUCCGUAAAAAAGUCAUUAUUUUAGCUUAUC